AUGUCAAAGAAGAAAGCUUUUAGUGGCAAUACAAUGAGUCUUAAGGACUUUCAUGGUGGCUCUAUCCCUACUGACCUACAUUUGCCUUCUGCUCCUGGUGUAAUUGUUAGGUCUAACGAUUGGUCUGGUCAUGACCGACCAAAUUCAUGGGGCGGUCGAAUGACUCGUCCUGAUCACUGGGUUAGGCCCCGUUCGUCCCAGGCCAUUAGGCAUUGGGAUGAUAAACCCCCGUUUCUUAGUGGUAAUGUACGCAUUGGUAGUAACUUUGAUGAGGAUGAAAGGAAGCCCUUGGAUGGUUUUUCAGCUCCACGUCGAACAUUCAGUGACGAGAGCUUUCGGGUUGCACCAAGUAAGGUGGAGUCAGUGCCAGAGGCUGCAUUGAGUGGGCAGGUAACCGGUUCGUAUAUGGCUGCUUCGAUCGCAGGGUCACAUGCAAAGAGGGUUCAUGAGAGAGCUCAUGUGGAGGUGCAUUCGCAGAAUAUAGGAGGUAAUGGAGGGUCAUAUGCAACUGCAUGGACAGUUAGGAAGGAGUUGGCCAUGGGCAUAAAUGAGCCACUGUGGUCAACCUGGUCAGAAACAAGCGCUAUGUCGAAGUUUGCUCAUGCAAGUGCACUUGAAAAGGUAUCUUCAGGUCGAUGGCAGGUCAAUCAUCCAAUUCAUAAUCAGACAAAUGCUGAGGUUGUUAAACAUCUGGAAACAGAGAAAGGUAAAGGUUCAGGGGGUAGGAGGGAAAAUUCUGAUGCAGUGUUGGCAAGGCAUACGGAAAGGGGUCUGGCUAUUGAGGAUAGGAACCCAGGUCAUAGAAAGGAGUUUGUUGAUUGUGACAGGGACAGGGCUCCUUUGCAUUCAGAAUUGAAAGGGAGAAUCCCAUUAAUUCAUGUUGACAGGGUUCAACCACUGUGUUCAGAGGCCAAAAUUGGUGGGCCUAUGGUGCAACCUGAAGGAUCAGAGCGACCUAAGAUGACGUUGCUUUUAAGAACAAAGCUGAUGGAGAAUUCAGAACUUCCUGUCCCUCAUCACAAGCAGGAGAACCAACUGCCAAGCAACCCUGUCCAUGAUCAUCCCGUAACUUGUAAAGAGUUGCACCCAAAUGUUUAUGCUGCAAAACCUACUUCAGUUGGUGUUGAGACUGAGAAUCAAAUGGUAGAGCGGCGGAAAUUGAAUUUAAAGCCACGGUCACAGCCUCUUGAACAGUUAGAUGGGAACAUUGAAAGGGAAAGGAACAUGUUGUUUGGUGGUGCUCGCCCACGUGAAGUUGUUUUGAAGGAGCGAGGAAUUAAUAAUGCUGCCAUGAGCAACCAUGACUUGGGUUGGCAUUUUGACAGGUAG